UUUUCUUUUGCUGGACUUGGAUCACGAUGGUCACGGUUGACUUUGACUUUCUUCUUCGUUUCGGUUGCUCGAUGAUAUAAAAAAGUCUCGUGUACAACUAAGACUAACCCUAUGUAUCAGUUUUGUCUUGAGUGUGUCGACGACGUGUACCAGCUCUUCUGAAACACAGACACACAUCAGUGUACGCGAGGGCAUCGGAAAAAAAGUACCAUGCGUGGCGGUGCGUACACGCGCGCGGCUUUUCGUUAUGCCAAGGCCCGGAACGAGCACUGCUCUUCCUGGGCCAAAAACUUCAACCGCAACUUUAUCCUGAGCAAAAACGUCCCCACCCCAGAGUCAAGAUGGCGAUCUCGCAACACAAAUCCAGAGGUUUUGUCUGUAGCGCAUGACAAGUUGCCGUCCGUAAUGUAGUGCAGGUUAGCAAGGUCAUCCGCAUUACAAACCUAGCUGCUCAUUCUGUUUACAGCAUCACAAAUUUCAAAACACGAUUGCAAAUGCCUUUCAUGGGGCUGCGCAUCACAAGUUUGCUUGUCAUUGCGAAUGAUCUGCAUGACAACUAUGGUGUGGGGACGUUUUUAUUCACGAUAAACUUUGCCUCGGGCGGAGCCUUUUACGUGAAUGGCAGCAUGCCAAAUUUUGCCGGCGGCGGGGCAGCGAGCUUUUUCGCCAUGGGGGAGCCGAUGCCGGUUACGGGAUUUGCGGAACAGCACACGGUCGGGAAUUCACUCACCUGCAAUGGAAUGACCGAGUUGACAAGUACUGAUGAAGUUAUUUCUUUUCGGAACGUAAGUACUGAUUCAAUUUCGGUACUAUUUGAUUAUACAUCCGUACUACUUUUUAGCAUGAGAAACUUUGUUGAUGCACGUGGAUGGGAUUCUUUAUACAUGCAUGGAUGGAAUUGGAAAAUUUCUGUUCACUAAAAAUGGCAAUGAAAGCGACGUUUGUUCAACAAUAAAAUCUAUCAAAUGCAAAAAUGUCUGGGUCUGAAAGGUUGCCAGGUUUGUCAUGCAUAGUUUGCAUGACCCAUGAUGCUUGUAACGCAUGGCCUAGCAUCACAGACUUUUGGAGGGCAUCCUGAUGCCUAUUCCGCAUGACAAAGAGGAAAACGGAGAAGAUAAGGAGGUAGAGGGGGAGAAUAAAGAAGAGGAGUCGGACCACGUAGCUCUGCUAGCAGACAUAGUGUGGAUCCCAGAGCCCGAGAAGCCCACAGAAGAACAAAAACAGAAGAAAGAAAAAGAGCAAAAGAGGUGGAAACUUAACGCGCGCUAUACGCUGAUGGUGCCGACAGUUGAAAGCUCAAGGCAGCGAAUUGAGAUCAUAAAAGGGAAAGAAAGACUUCAGAAGAAAAACCCUGGCACGCAGCUGGUGAAAUGGCCGAGAAAGUCGGUGACGUUAGAAAGACUACAGCAAGUGAUGGAAAAAGCAGGGACGGUGCCAGAAAAUCGCAGGAGCAUGCUAGGGAUGCAAAAAUGGCUGAUGGAGAAACUAGGCGAGGCAGGCGUGCUGAAACUAAAAGAAGUACCGAAACAGGACGCGAAUUACGAAAAUUGGCAGAAGAAGAAAAAAGAAGAGCGGAAAACGCAGGAGAAAGAGGAGAAGAACGAGGAAACCGCACGACGACAGGAGCAGAAAUCGAAACAGGACGAAAUGGAAAAGGCAUGGCUGGCGUCAUUCGCAGAGAAGCCAAAGAAGGAAGAGAAAAACGAGAAAGCGGCUUAUGAGACAGCUAGAAAGGUAAAAGAAGCUGCGUGCGGGGUAGGCAGAGGAAUGCCGAUGGGGGAGGCGAAAGAAGUAACAGUAGGCGGCACACUAGUGCAAGGGGUAGAAGCAGCGACAGAAAGGAUAGCGAGUAGCCACCUCCUCAAGUGUGAAUUCGUGAGAAAGCAAAAUGACAAAAAGCACACAUAUGACGGAAAAGAGCUCGAAAAAGCGCUACGACAGCUCACGCAAGCAUGUAAAGAAGUAAAGAGCAUACGACUUACGGGGCCACAAUUGCAAGCACAUGUCUCAAAGUUAAACAGUGAAGCAGCAGGCAUGGAUGGGCUCCGACAAGGAAUAUACCGCGCCCUCACACCAGAACAAUACCAAGUGCUAGCAGAGGUGUUUAGUAGGUUUUUAAAAGAAGUGGAGGAGUAUGAGAUGAAAAGAAACGAGGGAAGGGGGCCGAAGCUCCUGGAGGAGCACCUCAACGCGGUGCAGGUGGAACUGUUGAAAAAACAAACAGCAGCAACAACGGCAAUAGAAAAGAUCCGGACCGUGAUACAGGGGACAGCGAUGGUGAGGGUGUUGCUGAGCGUAGUGGUAUAUGAAAUGGCGCGGGUAGCCGACAAAAGUGACGCAUUCACCCGAUGCGGAUCAGCAUCAAAACCAGGAGCAAGCUGCCAAGCCACAGCGCUGCAGGUCCUGGAGACAUGUCACGAGGGGGAAGAGAAGGGCGAAGCGGAAACACCGGAUGAAAGAAAGGAGGGAGGUAAUGGGAAAGGGAGAAGAAGAAAGGAGACGGUAGUCUUUGGGCUAGAUGCGUCCAACUAUUUCAACAAUAUAGGGCUACCGAGGGCAGUAGCAGCAUACAGAGCUGCAAAACUACACCCGUGGUUCAUAAAGUUGAUAAUAGUAACAGCGUGGACGAAGGAUUUAUGGAUCAGAAACGGGGAUUGUUACGGACACGUGCUAAGACAUCGCGAACUCAUUCAGGGCGCAGUAGAAACGAUGUUAGCGGGGACCCUGAUCUUCCUCCCAGGAGUAGAAAUAAUCGCGGAAUUCCUCGAAGAAAUCUUUAAUGAAGACGGUAGGGCUGAAGAGGAAAGGCUAAAAGCAGCAGAAGCCAAGAUGAGAACGAGGAUUAAAAGGCUUUACAAGGGGGGCGAUAUCGAUACAACUUUCCCCGAUUACAAUGUCAGAGAAGAAGUCGACGAGAUCUACCUUAAAGAAGCCCCGCCAGUAGUCACGGGAUACAGAAAGGGAGAGAAGGUAACGACAGAGCAGGGAAAAAGAAAGGUGAAUGAGAAAAGAAAAAGGGUGGAGACUCGAUACUACUCAGGAACACUCCCCGGAGAUGGGAAAAGAAGAUGGACCCUAUGCGUGCAAUACGUGGACGAUGGCACAGUUGUAAUAAAGUUCUUUAUCGAAGAUAUGCAAAUAGUAGCGCGCGCGCUCAGAGCAGCAAGCUGGGCAUAUGAGGAAAUCUACGCAACUGAAGGACAAUUCUUGGCACCACAGAAGUGUGAAGUUGCAACGUCGAUAGAAGACCCGCUGAAGGUAAACGUGAUCAGACAGGCCUUCCAGCCUUUCGGGAUUCUGUUCGAGGAAAAGACAUUUCUGAAGAUUCUGGGGAUCAAAAUAGUGCCGAAAGACAAAACGGAGCAAGCCAAGGCCCUGAGGGGACAGGUAAGACAAAGUAUAGGGAUAGGGCAACACCUGGCGCACCAAGUAAUGGCGAAAAGGGGAAGACUUAACGGCGAGGAACUCACGUGGGUAGUGCAGGUUUUCUUUGUGUCGGCAAUGAUAUACUUCCUGCCAGUGAUGCAUUUAUAUUUCGACCUAGGAGACUGGGCGGAAUUGAUGGGCGAAAUGGCGCUGACAAUAGCUGAAACACUGGGAAUGACAACGGAGGCAGUGGAGGAGCUGAUGGCCCGAACAGAAACAACGGCGGAGGCAUUCUAUAGGGUAGUGCUCGGGAUGAAUUUACUCGGACUAGCUGACCCGUACACGAUGGGACUGAAAACGUUACGGGCAACGGCGCAGGCAAACUACCUAACAGACCCGGCCUUGUUCGCACCAUUAGCAACGACGCCAGUGAAGGUAGUAGGCGAAGCAAAGGCGGGCAUCCCGAAAACAGAAGAACGAAAAAUGCUGAAAAGAAAAGAAGCCGACAUAGCACUGCUGCGGGCGCUGAAGGAUGGCGCGACAGUUAGGCUAUCGCCGGGGAGUGACCUGCGUGCAGUGGGGAUCGUGAAGGAGAGAAGCGCGCGGGGUCCCCCAAGGGUAGAGGAUCAGUAUACACACAGGGGGAGCGCGGGUUUGGUAGUCAGCAGGAACAGAAAAGGAGGCCUCGGGAAGAAAGGGCAGAGCGAUAGGAUGCAAAAAAUAUGGGUGAAGCAUGCCGGAAAUGAAAGAAGUACAACCGUCACAGUACAAGAGGCAAGUGAAAGGACGGAGAAACACAUGAGGACGAUAGAGACAAAAGUGGAGCACCUAAAGACUGAAAUAAGAACAGAGGAAAGGACUUUCGUGGCAUACUGCAACAACGCAAUGAGGGCCAUAGAAAUAGUCACAGAGAGGAGGAAGAAAGAAGGCGGAGCGGUGCAGAUUAUACUGCUAGACUACCACGAGUUAAGGGAGAAGACGCGGGGGAUACUACGAAAAGGGCAUGGGAUAGGCUUGGAGCUACAGGAGACAAUAGAAAAAGCCGAAAGUGAGGACCCGGGCCUAACCAUAGUAACGAGAUGGGGAAAAGGAACUGCAAGCAGAGCAGAAGCGACAAGAAAUAUAGACGGAGGGACCAAAGAAGAGAUACCGCUCAGGGUGGCCAACGUGUUAAAUCACGACAAUGAGUAUACGGACUGGGUGCGGUUCGACUUUGGGACGAAGCGGAUUCCACUGAAACCGGUGUGGGAAUGGCCGGAAAUGCCAAAAAUAGAAAGGCAGGUAUACAUACAUAGGAAAAUGAAAGAUGAGGAGACAGAAGGGGACAAAAAGAAAGAAAACGCAGAAGACGGGGAUGGUGACGAAAUGAAGCAAGGCUUAGGAGAGAAAGACAGCGCGAAAUCUCAAAAGAAGAAAGAAGCGAAAAAGAACACCAACACAGAGAGGGUAGGAAAGGGGAGUGGCGCCGCAAGUAGUCAAAGUAGAAAUAGCCGGGCAAAUGUAGAAAGAAAGCAAGAAGAAAAAGGGGAAGAAAGAAGGGAAGGAGAGACACUCUCUGAAACUAUACUGCGACUAAUCGAGAAAGAGAAGAAGAAAGCAGAGGAAACUGGUGACGAGAUGGCGCAGGGGGCAUUCAGAAUAAUCCAAAAAGCGACGAAACUGUUGCAGGAGGUAGAGGAGGCGAACAAAGAAGACGAUGGUAGAAAGUCAAACGAAAAAGAAAGGGGGCGGGAGGAAGGAGACCAAGAAGAAAGGAUCAGCGAAGACGGAGAAGAGGAAGAAAAAAAAAGUUUCUACGGGGCGCAAGAAUAUGAAGGCACUCGGAGAGGAUACGUGUUUAAAAGAGGGGCGAUGGGACAGGGAUACUAUAUAGAUCAGGGUCCAGAAGAGGCAACGCGAACACUUUUUCGGAAUCUGGUGGCGUGGGGGGAGGAGGAGCAAAGGGACGCGAUUAAUAAGGAGCGGGCGGAGGAAGGUCAAGACGAAAAAGUGGCGGACCAAGAGCAGCAAAAACGGAGAAAAGUGGAGAAACAAGACAAGGAAGCGAACCAAAACGGUGGCAACGAGGACGAAAAAAAGAAGCGAACGACGGAGGCCUCCAACUUCCCCACAGUCGAGAAAUUAAUGGCAGAUGACCCCAUGACAUUGAUGCAGAAAGAGAAUGAACAGCGGGAGAAGGAGAAGAGGAUACAAGAGGAGAAGAGGAGGAGGAGGCAAAGGCAGUACGAAACUCCUAUGCAGCGAGAACUAGCCCAAAUGUAUAGAGCCCUAGAAAAAGAAAACAGCGAUGGAAAAUGAAUGAAGAAAGAGAAAAUAGUGACUGCAGUGUGUUUCUUUUUUUCUUUUGGACGAGAUUGAUGAAUGAGUAGCAAAGUAGAGGCAAUAUGAGGCCUCAUACGUGAAUGAAAUAAAGGAGCAAAGAAGACACAGACCGGGGCUCAAAGCGAAAAAGAAAAUGCGGGGUGUUCUGGCGGGUGCAGAGGGAAGAGCGUAGACACAAAAAGUAACAGAAAAGAGCGACAAAAAAUGAGGCGACUGCGUAUGGAUCUCCGUUCGACACGUUCCCGCCAGCCCGGAGGGGUGCGGCGAUGCUAAUCAUUUCGUUCCCGCCAGCCGUAAAGGCACGGCGCUGCUUUUCCUCUCCUUGUACCGGCGAACCGCACGCACUGACGCGUUAGGAAACGAAAAGAAAAAGAAAGAGAAGAAAGAAAAACUAUAUAAAAGAAGUGGCGCCAGGGUUGCUAAUUUAAAAGACUGCGCUAAUGCAGCGCCCCCCUUCCCCAAGGGGUCCCCCCGGGGCGGGCGCGAUGGCGGCUCUGCGAGUGCGGAGCUCCGCGGGCCGUUUCUAUGGAAACGCAUAUAAAAGGGUGCGGGAAGAAGAUCGGCAAAACGUGUCUGAAAGGGACACGCCGUUGGGUUGCCCGCCAUCGUGAUAGGAUCACCGUGUCUGAUCAUUAGACCCCCAGUAUACUUUUUAGCGCGCAACCGGCCACGCGCGUAGUUCUUCGAGCAAGUUUGUAAGACUAACCCAUCAAGGCAAUACUGGAACUCCACCUUGCUCGCGGGCUUGGAUGGUAAGGCAGGUCAGCCACACAUAGCGCCCACUGGUUGUAGUCAUGCGUAAGCAAUCGAUAGCGGUUUAGCAGGUGCAGCCGGGUGGUAGUUAGGAAGUGGACCGCGUCUCCACCUAGGGGUAUCGGCAGAGGCUAAAUCUGUUCUAACGCCCAGGUAUUGGCAGAGGCUAAAUCUGUUCUAACGCCGACCCGCCAGGAGUUAAAUGGUACUACUACUACUACUCGCGUAGCACAAAAUGAGCUCUUCUUCCUGGUCAUGCAAUACAAAUGUUUUUAGGAUCCGAAAAUAGCAUGACAAGUUGCAUUCUUCCAGACCCAGACAUUUUUCCAUUUGAUAAAAUCACAACCGCAGCGUCCGCCGACCCCGCAGAGUCUGAGCUGGCGGCUGCUGUGGCUUAUCAAGUGCAAAAAUGUCUUGGUCUGGAAGAAUGCAUGUCUGUCAUGCUUGUCUGGCAUGACUCUUGAAUCUGCCAUGCACGUGACCCAAGAGCUCCAUUUUUCUGUCAUGCAGAAACGCAGUUUGUCAUGCAGAAUAGGCAUCAACACCUAGAAGCUCAGAAACUUGUCAUGCUGAGCCAGCACUUCUGGCCUCAUCAUGAUACGCCACCCAGCAUCACAAGUUUCCAGAUUCAGACAUAUUUGCAGUUGAUAUGGCUGACGCUUUGUCGUCCAUGUUAAACCACGGAUCUGUCACCUGGAGUCCAGUAUGCUGCGUCAACAACGGCAUUUGCGAAACCAGCAUGGGAUUUACAACAGGACUAAGGAGCUUAUUUUCCAUAGCACUUGAGUACUGUUUGAAGGAUACAGCAGAACCGGGACACUGGGUGGGAAAAAUGCAGGCGUAAACUACAACACUUUCGGCACAACAGGACUUUUUCUUUACGGAAUUAGGUCGCAGAAGUUCCGGUUUUUACAACAUCAGCCGGACUUCUCUGUAGCGACAGCGACAAGACGUAAGGGAAACAAAGGGAGUAGUGCUGUUGCGGCAAGGCGGCAAUAGCGGACCGCGCAUAAUUUUCCUUUUUGAAAUCGAGCAUACGAGAACAGUUUGAAAGAAGACGAUGCAUUGGACAGUUUGAAAGAAGACGACUCUUUUUUGCUCUUUGGAUUAUUUACUUUGACUCCUAUGUAUCAAAUCGAAAAAUGCAAGGAACAACACCGAAGUAGUAGAAAAUGUUUUUACAGACACUUCGCGCUCCUGGACGAAGCUGCAUUGCAGUUAGUCGCACCUGAUCAUAACAGAAUGAUCACGUUUCGUGUCUUCCG